UCGCAGGCUGUGGAUGUGGAUGUCGCCGCCCUCCUCUGGCUGCUCUGCCGCGUGUGAUUGGGUUAAAGUCGGCUCCCCUUUCCCCUCUAACCCGGUGAUGUUGGCCGUUUCCUGCCUCUUCUGCCCAACUAGUGGUAGACAGACAGUGCUGAAGCUCCUGUGAAGCACGUAGCCUGGACGAGCGGGUGGCUUUAACACCGAAACGCGAAACCAUCCACUGAAGCAGCGUGUCCAGACCCGCAACCAUGCGACGGAAAUCGAGGAUAUUACUAUGUUUCGCUGUGCUCUGGAUCCUAGGAAUCGCGUAUUAUUUCUAUUCAGGAACAACGCUACAUCGAAAGGAUGACUGGAGUGGCUUCGGUUCGAGCAGAAUUCAAGCACACAGCAACACAGACAGCAGAGCGCAGAGUUUGGAAACCCUUCCCCCAGGGAAGGUCAGGUGGCAGGACUUUGAUCAGGACCUAUAUGUGGGGGCGACAGUGGUGAAGCCGGGACAGGAUCCCUAUGCCCGAAACAAGUUCAACCAGGUGGAGAGCGACAAACUGAGAAUGGACCGCGGCGUCCCAGACACCAGACACGACCACUGUCGCCAUAAGCAGUGGAGGACCGAUCUGCCUGCAUCCAGCGUGGUGAUCACAUUCCAUAACGAAGCUCGAUCUGCUUUAUUACGCACUAUAAUCAGUGUUCUGAAGAAGAGUCCUGCCCAUCUCGUCAAAGAAAUUAUCCUCGUAGACGAUUACAGCGACAACCCUGAAGACGGGGCCUUGCUCGGGAAAAUCGAGAAAGUCCGGAUUCUUCGAAACGAUAGACGAGAAGGUCUGAUGCGAUCGCGUGUCCGAGGAGCAGAUGCAUCCACGGCCAGUGUCCUCACUUUCCUGGACAGCCACUGUGAGUGUAAUGAACACUGGCUGGAGCCUCUGCUGGAGAGAGUUGCUGAGGACAGAACACGUGUUGUCUCACCCAUCAUAGAUGUCAUCAACAUGGACAACUUCCAGUAUGUGGGCGCGUCCGCAGAUCUCAAAGGAGGUUUUGAUUGGAAUCUGGUGUUUAAGUGGGACUACAUGACGUUAGAGCAGAGACGGGCGAGGCAGGGGAACCCCAUCGCUCCUAUCAAGACUCCUAUGAUAGCUGGUGGCCUCUUCGUCAUGGACAAAGGCUACUUUGAGGAACUCGGGAAAUACGACAUGAUGAUGGACGUGUGGGGUGGAGAAAAUCUAGAAAUCUCAUUCCGGGUGUGGCAGUGUGGUGGCAGUCUGGAGAUCAUUCCUUGCAGUCGAGUGGGACACGUGUUUAGGAAGCAGCAUCCCUACACGUUUCCUGGAGGCAGUGGCACCGUGUUCGCCAGGAACACCAGACGAGCAGCAGAGGUAUGGAUGGACGAUUUCAAGAAUUUUUAUUAUGCUGCUGUACCUUCUGCACGGAACGUGCCCUAUGGCAAUAUUCAGAGCAGGCUGGAAAUGAAGAAGAGAUUAGGCUGCAGGCCAUUUAAGUGGUACCUGGAGAACGUGUACCCAGAACUCAGGGUCCCAGACCAUCAGGACAUUGCAUUCGGGGCUCUGCAGCAAGGCGGGAACUGCCUCGACACGCUGGGCCACUUUGCCGAUGGCGUGGUGGGAGUCUACGAGUGCCACAACGCAGGGGGCAACCAGGAGUGGGCCUUGACUAAAGAUAAGUCGGUGAAGCACAUGGACCUGUGUCUGACUGUAGUGGAGCGCAUGGCAGGAUCUCAGAUCAAACUGCAGGGCUGCAGAGAAAACGACAGCAGACAGAAAUGGGAACAGAUCGAGAACAACACCAAACUGCGACACGUGGGGAGUAAUCUGUGCCUGGACAGCCGGAGCGCCCGUAAUGGGGGCCUGACGGUGGAGGUGUGCAAUCCCUCUCUCACUCAGCAAUGGAAGUUCACCCUCAACCUGCAGCCCUAGUCCCUAACCCCUAGCCCCUACGUCCUGUAUCCUUGGUGGGUCACAGAGCAGCGCACGGUCUCUGAGAGAACGCUGUCCAGCUGCAGUGGGUCUGCUCGCCCCUUCCCCCUCACACAGGGCUAUGGGGCCAAACAGACCCAAAAACAAACAUGAAAACUGUUUUUUGGUUGUUUUUUUUUCCAUCCAACUAUAUACCUCACCAUUUUAUUUUUGGUCCAGCUCUUAAUUGAAAUGCAUUUGAGGUAUUUUAUUUUCUUCCUAUUUCUGAUGCCAGCCAAAUGGAUUAGAUUUUUGUUGCCCUUCUUCUUUUUCUGAUUUCUCUUUUUCAUCUUUUUUUGUUGUUGUUAGGAUUUUUUUUUUUUAAUUAAUCAUAGUUGUUUUUGUUUCAUGUAACCAAUAAUGUUGAAUGUAAGUGACACUCAAUGGAGGCUCCUUUUACGAUCGGAGAAAAAACAACAACAUGAGGACCUUUUCAUGUUUCAAUCCACGUUCUUGGCCCUGCGUGCGUGUGUGUGUGUGUGUGUGUGUGUGUGUGUGUGUGAGAGAGAGAGAGAGAGAGAGAGAGAGAGAGAGAGAGAAUCUGCUGGCCUCAGUUUAUGUGAACACUGUGUACAGUCUUUUCAACAAACAAAAAAAAAACCUAAUCAGAGGCCAGCGUUGUCUUUGUUUUUUUUGUUGUUUUUUUUCUUUCUUUCUUUUUUUUCCUCCCCCUUGCAGCUUCUAACUAAUUGUCAUUCUAUCUAUUUUGCAUCUUGAAUGUGCAAUGAAGAACGACCUGUUUUCUCUUCGAGCCUCUGGAGUGUUUUGGUGGAGAACCAGCAGCACACCACGUAGUGCUCUGCGCUACCAUUCAGUUUCGGUUGCCUUUGUCACCAAAUGGCUCAUUUGUAGCUGCAUUACGUAGAAUCAUUCCAUUGACGAGUACCUGUGUUCUGUUUCAAUCGCUCUGACAUGAAAAUGUAUCUGUGCAUUAUGUUAGGGUCAGUGCGUGGUCACUGUGAUCAAAGCCGAAUCCCAGUGGCGCCGGACCUGUUUGAAUUCCGAUCACGGGCUUCCCAAAACUAGAGCCAGGAAAUGGUUUCAUUUGUGUAUUGCACAUUUAUAUUUUACUUGAUUUCUUGUUAUUUUAUUGUAUGUCCUUCAGUGAUUUAGUGUGAUUGCCUUUGACUGUAUCCAUGCUACUGUAAACAGAAAGGGUCCCUGUGCUGUGCAGCUCUCAGUCAGGGCUGGAAGUAGCUGGACCUCAACUGGACUCUGAGAGAAAAACCUCCAUGCCGUAGGUGUGCAUUUCUCUCUAUUCUACAGCCUCCACAUUUUUAUGCUUUUUUUUCCAUCACCUAGAUCAUGACGUUCAUUACGGUACUUCACACAAUGCUGUGGUUCUGCUUAGUCUGUUGUAAAUGAUACAAACAGAUAAACGGAGAAGGUUUGAUUAUA